CGAGCUCACUCUCUCUCAUCCUCUUCUCCGUCUCCCUUGCGCGCUCUCAAGCUCGGCGGACGGACAGGACCUUUCUCCUCCUCUCCCUCUCUUCCUGUCUGUUAUUUCUUUGUACCAUCUUCCUUUAUCUUUUCAUAUUAUUAUUAUUUUCCCUGCCUGCCACCCCCCUUCCCCGUGUCAGGGGCAAUAGUGGGGGUCCCCAAAGUGUGGGUUUGAGAGUGUGUGUGUGUGUUUUGGAGGGUUUCGGCAUGGAAGCAGUGGCACUGUAUACGUUCCGUGCCACUGAGGGCGAUGAACUCAGUUUCAACAAAGGCGACAUGCUCAAGAUCACCAACAUGGAGGAUGAUCCUAACUGGUACACGGCUGAGCUCCACAACAGAAAAGGCUUUGUGCCAAAGAACUACAUCAACCUGCGGCCGCACGCCUGGUUCGCCGGCCGUAUAUCCCGCGGUGUGGCCGAGAGUCGACUCAGACACAGGGAGUGUGGAGCUUUCCUGGUCAGAGAGAGUGAAAGUGCUCCCGGAGAGUUCUCCAUGUCCGUGAGCUAUGGGGACCACGUUCAGCAUUUCAAGGUGCUGCAGGAUCGCUGUGGUCAGUACUACGUGUGGGACGAGCUCUUCUCCUCGCUCAACGAGCUGGUGGAGUUCUACCAUAGCAACAGCAUCGCUAAGGAGAGGAACGUCUUUCUGAGAGACCCCGAGCAAUUCGCUAGGCGUCCCCAUCACGCGCACGCUCUCUUCGACUUCUCCCCCCACCACCCUUCCCAGCUACGCUUCCUGCGCGGCGACGUCAUCGAACUCAUUGACUGCUCUGAUUCGCUGCGCUGGAGGGGCCGUUGCCAUGGGCACGUGGGCUUCUUCCCACCAGAGUACGUCCAGCCUAUUUACCAGUGCCAAUGAACUGACGUGUCAAUCAAACACAGAGCCAACACCGCAGGUUCCUCGAUUGAGCCAUCUCGACCCUCGCCCCCCCACACUGCUCCCCUGCUCUGCACUCGCCCAAUUAAUUUCCAGAGUGGACGACUGACGAGCUGAUGCUGAACUGCUCUUAAGUAACUGACUCCUCCAAUUUCCUGUGAUGUCACAAGCCUCGUCCAAUCGGUUGCCACAGCGUCAUCAAUUGCUCUCACCCGAUCCCACGACCCCACUUCUCUGUAAUCAUAAAAAAUUCCAGAUUUGGACCUAAACACUGUGGAGAAUUCACAGACUAACACACACACACCUAGACAUAAUCAUUUAUUGCAGCUUAUACGCACUGCUGCAGACUAAAUACUGGAACACACACACACUAACCUGAUGG